AGUAAAGGCAAUGAAUAAGAUGAUAACAAUAGUAGGCUAGCAGAAAAAAGAUUAUAGGCAUCUCAGAUGCACUGCAAUUAAUGGCAUUUCACACAAUGUACCCAUGGACAUUGCCGGCAAGUGCAUUGUUGGCAGGUGCGCUCUAAAGCUCUGGGAAGCUGGGCACAUUAAGCAGUUUAAACAAAGACACGCUAAAAUUCUCUCCUCCUUUAAUUGCAUUCCUGAAAACACUGCCUCACAGGGGCUACUCUUGUUGAGUUUUUCUCUGCUCACAUACCGCUGAGCGGGGCGCAGUGAGCUUUUUCAAAGCUAGGAGGGGAAGUUGGAGGGGUAGUUUUCUGUAAGGAGGUUUCUGUCAUAACGAAAUCACUGAUUGACUGUAAAGCCGGUAAGCUAGCAAGAGGCAACACCGUCAUCCCGUUCAUAUCGGAAUGGAAACGAGUUGAAUCUCCAUUGUCAUCUUGCAUUCUAGUCCUGGACCAAUGAGAGAUCUAGUCUUUGGCAAAAUUACCGCAAGUUUAGUUCUUGCUGCAAAUUGUUCAAUAGGCAAUCAUGUGUACUUAAUUAGAAAUAUGGCUAGUGCAAUUGGAAAUCCUUUGAAGAAAGUCUUGCGGCAACGCAUGAAGACCGAAGUCAUACCGGCGAUUAGCGCCGAGUCUAUAGUAGAGCAGUCGAAGGCAAUUUAUGAAAAGGUAAUCGCCUCCGAGGCAUUUCGUCAGGCAAAGGAUGUGAGCAUCUAUCUCAGCACUGGCAGCGAAGUGGACACAUUGGCGCUGCUGCGUGAGCUCUUCAAACAGCAGAAGAAUGUGUUUGUGCCCACCUACAAUGGCCGACUGAUGGAAAUGGUGCGCGUUAAAGACUGGGCCGACUAUGAGUCGUUGCCGCUAACCAAAUGGCACAUUAAACAGCCAAACAUUAAGGACGGGCGUGAGAGCGCCUUGACAAAUGGACGCGGCAUUGACUUAUUCCUGAUGCCCGGUGUGGCGUUUACGUUAAGCGGUGGUCGCAUGGGUCAUGGUAUGGGUUACUAUGAUGGCUUCCUAAAGCGGCAUUUCGAUACUUAUCCCGAGAAGAAGCCAAUACUGAUGGCGCUGGCAUUCCGCGAACAAAUCGUUGAGGAGGGCACUUUGCCGCUGGAACCACACGAUGUGCGGCUAACGACUGUGGUCACGCCAUAAAUGUGUGUUGGCAUCGAACUGCAGCAGGUUUUGUAUAUUGUAUAUUGGUUUCAAAGACGCCAUUUAGUUAUGUAUGUACUUAUGUAUUUUUUUU